GAGAAGGGAGGGAUCUAAGAGAGAGGGAGAGAGGGCUCCCGAGCCAGUUCGCCGACUAAGCAGAAGAAAGAUUUCAAAAAAAAAAAAAAAAAAAAAGAAGAAGAAGAAGAAGAAGAAGGAAAGAAAGAAACGGAAAAGUCGGGACGAGCAAGCAGACGCCUUCAGGAACACCCGCCGCCUCUACCAGCGGACAGCGCUCGAGGAAUCGCCACCCGCCGCCGACCCGAGACAAAGGCAAAGGCGGCCGGAGCGAGAGGCAGAGGCGGCGCGACCCCAGGCUCGGCCCUGCCGCGGAGCCCACUGCGCCGGGCCGCCCGCCCCGACCAUGCCGCCCGCCCCGACCGCGCCGCCCGCCCGCAGCCUGCUGCUGCCCCUGCUCGCGCUCGGCUCCGCGCUCGCCUCGCUCGGCUCGGCCCAGAGCAACUUCAGCCCCGAAGCUUGGUUACAGCAGUAUGGCUACCUGCCCCCUGGCGACCUGCGGACACACACACAGCGCUCAUCCCAGUCACUCUCAGCAGCCAUUACUGCCAUGCAGAAGUUCUACGGCCUGCAAGUGACGGGCAAAGCUGACGCAGAAACCAUGAAAGCCAUGAAGCGCCCCCGCUGUGGUGUUCCAGACAAAUUUGGAGCUGAGAUCAAGGCCAAUGUCCGAAGGAAGCGCUAUGCCAUCCAGGGCCUCAAGUGGCAGCACAAUGAGAUCACUUUCUGCAUCCAGAACUACACCCCCAAGGUGGGUGAGUAUGCCACCUUCGAGGCCAUCCGCAAGGCGUUCCGAGUGUGGGAGAGCGCCACUACGCUGCGUUUCCGGGAGGUGCCUUACGCCUACAUCCGGGAGGGCCAUGAGAAGCAGGCGGACAUCAUGAUCUUUUUCGCUGAGGGCUUCCACGGUGACAGCACACCUUUUGAUGGUGAGGGUGGCUUCCUGGCCCAUGCCUACUUCCCAGGCCCCAACAUUGGAGGAGACACCCACUUUGACUCUGCCGAGCCCUGGACUGUCCAAAACGAAGAUCUGAAUGGGAAUGACAUCUUUCUGGUGGCUGUGCACGAGCUGGGCCACGCCCUGGGCCUCGAACACUCCAAUGACCCCUCAGCCAUCAUGGCGCCAUUCUACCAGUGGAUGGACACUGAGAACUUCGAGUUGCCAGAUGAUGACCGCCGGGGCAUCCAACAACUUUAUGGAAGUGAAUCAGGAUCCCCCACCAAGCUGCCCCCUCCACCAAGGACCACCUCCAGGCCCUCUGUCCCUGAUAAGCCCAAAAACCCCACCUACGGACCCAACAUAUGUGACGGGAACUUUGACACUGUGGCUAUGCUGCGUGGAGAGAUGUUUGUCUUCAAGGAGCGCUGGUUCUGGAGGGUGAGGAAUAACCGAGUGAUGGACGGCUACCCAAUGCCCAUCGGCCAGUUCUGGCGGGGCCUGCCCGCUUCCAUCAAUACCGCCUACGAGAGGAAGGACGGCAAGUUCGUCUUCUUCAAAGGAGACAAACACUGGGUGUUUGAUGAGGCUGCCCUGGAGCCUGGCUACCCCAGGCAUAUUAAGGAGCUGGGUCGAGGGCUGCCCACAGACAAGAUUGAUGCCGCACUCUUCUGGAUGCCCAAUGGGAAGACAUACUUCUUCCGGGGAAACAAGUACUACCGUUUCAAUGAGGAACUCAGGGCAGUGGACAGUGAAUACCCCAAAAACAUCAAGGUCUGGGAAGGAAUCCCAGAGUCUCCCAGAGGGUCAUUCAUGGGCCGUGAUGAAGUCUUCACUUACUUCUACAAGGGGAACAAGUACUGGAAGUUCAACAACCAGAAUCUGAAAGUAGAGCCAGGCUACCCUAAGUCAGCCCUGCAGGACUGGAUGGGCUGCCCGUCAGGGGGCCUGCCUGAUGAGGGCACCAAUGAGGAGCGGGAGGAGGUGAUCAUCAUCGAGGUGGAUGAGGAGGGUGGCGGCGUGAGCGUAGCCGCUGUGGUGCUGCCCAUGCUGCUGCUGCUCCUGGUGCUGGCCGUGGGCCUGGCCGUCUUCUUCUUCAGACGCCACGGGACCCCCAAGCGGUUGCUUUACUGCCAGCGCUCUCUGCUGGACAAAGUCUGACCCCCACCGCUGGCCCACCCACUCCUGCCAUGAGGACUUGGCCUCUGAGAGCCAGAGGCGGCAGGUGGUGGGGGGUGGGCUGCUUCCCACCCCUUUGGAGUCCCCUCCCUGCCCACCCUUCUCCACCCCACCCUCACCCCUGGGCCUUGCUUCUCCCCUAAUGGGCCCCUUGGGGCCCUGCCCUGGGGGACCCCGUAGCUUGGUGUGUGUGUCCAGCCCCGCUGAAUGUCUUGGCUCUGCACUUGAAGGCAGGACCCUCUGACCUCGCUGGUGAAGGUCACAUGAGGUCACCUGCUUCUUUUCCAUUCCGUGACAUACCUUUAACCUCUGAACUCUGACCUCAGGAGGCUCUGGGCUCUUUAGCCACCCCACCCUACCCCAGCGCAAGCCCCCAGGUGCACCCAGCUGACAGCCUGCCACCAUUCUUCCAGGCUGAAAGGAAUCUAGUUUUGUUGGGUGUAUGGGGGAAAGACAAUCCUGAGAUUGUGUGUGCGUGGGGGAGGGGGUGCUGCACAGCCACCCAGAGACCUUGGGAGGAAGGCUCGGAGAGGGACUGCCCUCUCCUGCCCCACCCUGAGAACUUCCACGGAAGGAGCCUGAGCCAUUAAAGACUAAACUGGGGCUACAGGAACCCUUGUCAGCCCUGCGUUCCAUGUGGAAGAUGGAUGGACCCAGAGGGGUUACAGAUACUGCAAUGUGGGAGGCCCUGGGGAGACACUCCCUCAGAGCCCCAGGCGUGAGCCCAGGGGCCACAGAGAAAGAACUUGGCUCCCUUGUGGGCCAUGUGGGCAACUGGGGCAGGCACCCGGGGGGGCAGAGCUUUCAGGGAACAGGAUGGGACCAAAAGGAGGUAUAACAAGUGGAGGCCUACAGCAGGGACACGCAGCCGUGUCUCCAGGGAGGGUUUUAGUGUGGUUCUCAGGAAAGGCUCCCUGGCUCCUCGGUCCUGCCCUUCCUUGGCCCAGAGAGCCCAGGGAGCCCAGAGGAGGGAGCGGGGAUGGAACACGUUCAUUUGGGGACUUGCCGAGAGCAGCCACCUAUUGAGGGCGCCUGAGAAGUUCCCAGCGGCUGGUACUGAGUUCUUUGUGGACCUCAGCCAGGCUCUGCAGGUCUGGGUAUGUGGGGGGGGGGCUGUCAGCCCCACGUUUCCUGCAGGUCUUGCCCUCAGCCCAUUCCACUAGUGGUGUGCCCUGAUCUCCCUACCCAGCCCACCCAUUGGAAGUCUCCUCUGGCCACAGCAGGUGGUCAUGGUACCAGGGACUUGGGAGAGCAAGAGGCCCCAUGUGGGGGGAGUGAGAGGAGAGGGAUGUCAGGGGUGGGGGGAGUGGGGGGAACAGGGUGAACGGUGCUGGCAGUUCGGCUAAAUUUGUCUUAUUUGGGUUUUUUUGGUUUUGUUUAAUGUAUAUUUUUAUUAUAAUUAUUAUAUAUGAAUUUCCUUUGAACCCUUCCUUUUUGUUAACAAGGGGCAUGGGAUGGGGGGUGGGGGGCAGAGGCAUCCGACCCCAGGAACCUGCAGGGCGGGGCUGGGUCAGUGGCCUCUAAGGACAUUUUUGACCUUGUUCAACCUUUCCACAAAGAAUAAACAGAGUUCACGGUU